UAAUGAGUAAUGCUUUCAAAUCAGCUGCCAAUAAUCUAACAAAAGGUGAUCUUGGAUAAACAGGAUAAAGUUUUGCAGGUUCAUAAAAUCCUGCAUCACUCAAAGGAAAAUUAAUGAGCUUAGAAGUAUGAAAGUCAUUUAUAAAAGGAAACAAUUAAAGGCAUUUAAGACGAAAUGAAUUUCCAUAAAAAAGAGGUCUAAAUAUUGAAAUCUGAAAAAGACACUCUUGAAUCAGUCUUAAGUAUGAAAACAUAAGAUGUGAAAAAAACACUCACAAAUGAAUUAAUGAGGAUUGAAGAAGAAAUGAAAAGGUAUUUUACUUAAUUUUCAUUUUAGACAUUUUGCUCAUUAAAAGGCUGAAAAUUCUAGACUUUAAUAACAAAUAACAGCACUAAAAGGUGAAAAAACUGCAUUAUAACAAUAAUUGCUUGGAUUGUAGAGAAGAAUAGCAGAACUUGAAUUACAAGUUGGUUAAGAAUAAGCAUGAUAAUUAUCAUAUUCAUAUAUAUAAAUGGUC